AUGGAGGCAGCAAUGGUGAGCGUGGAAGGCGGUGGGUGCAACAGCCACCCGCCUUACGGCUACGCCCAGCGGAGGGAGCGUCUGGCCAACUCGCGCGCUGCUGCCGCCGCCGCCGCCGCCGUUGCCAACAGCAACCAGCACGCGGCGGGCGGCUGUCAGCAGCAGCAGCAGCAGCAGCGGGCGCGCCGCUCCCGCCGCCUGCACCUCAACAUGGACGGCGACGAGACGUCGUGUCCCGUCGAGCCGCCGCCUCCUCCGCCGCCGUCCCGCCACGGUUACGGCUCGGUGUACAGCGAGUACGAGUGCUGCGAGAGGGUGGUCAUCAACGUGUCGGGCCUGCGCUUCGAGACCCAGACCAAGACCCUGGAGCAGUUCCCCGACACGCUGCUGGGCGACCCCGACAGGAGGAUGUGCUACUUCGACCCGUUGAGGAACGAGUACUUCUUCGACAGGAACCGCCCGAGCUUCGACGCCAUCCUCUACUACUACCAGUCGGGGGGCCGCCUAAAGCGGCCGGUCAACGUGCCCUUCGACAUCUUCGCCGAGGAGAUCAAGUUCUACGAGCUGGGCGACGAGGCCAUGCUCAAGUUCCGCGAGGAGGAGGGCUUCGUCAAGGAGGAGGACAAGCCGCUGCCCGAAGACGAGUUCAGGCGCCAAGUCUGGCUGCUCUUCGAGUAUCCCGAGAGCUCCAGCCCGGCGAGGGGCAUCGCCAUCGUCUCGGUGCUGGUCAUCCUCAUCUCCAUCGUCAUCUUCUGCCUGGAGACACUGCCCGAAUUCCGCGACGAGCGCGACUUCCCCUCGGGCUCCAGGGCGGCUAAUGGCACCGUCCGGGCCUCGGCGGCGGCAGCCGCCGCCACCUUCAGCGACCCUUUCUUCAUCGUGGAGACGGUGUGCAUCGUGUGGUUCUCCUUCGAGCUGCUGGUGCGCUUCUUCGCCUGCCCCAGCAAGCCGGGCUUCUUCAAGAACAUCAUGAACAUGAUCGACAUCGUCUCCAUCCUGCCCUACUUCAUCACCUUGGGCACCGAGCUGGCACAGGUGCAGGGCAACGGGCAACAGGCCAUGUCCUUCGCCAUCCUCAGGACCAUCCGCUUGGUUCGGGUGUUCCGCAUCUUCAAGCUGUCCCGCCACUCGAAGGGUCUGCAGAUCCUCGGCCACACGCUGCGGGCCAGCAUGAGGGAGCUGGGCCUGCUCAUCUUCUUCCUGUUCAUUGGCGUCAUCUUGUUCUCAAGCGCCGUGUACUUCGCCGAAGCCGACGACCCCAAGUCUCAGUUCACCAGCAUCCCCGACGCUUUCUGGUGGGCUGUGGUCACCAUGACUACGGUGGGUUACGGGGACAUGAAGCCCAUCACGGUGGGCGGCAAGAUCGUGGGCUCCCUUUGCGCCAUCGCUGGGGUAUUGACCAUCGCAUUGCCCGUGCCUGUCAUCGUUUCCAACUUCAACUACUUCUACCACCGGGAGACGGAGAACGAGGACCAGUCUCAGGUGGCCCAGGCUAGCGCUCUCCCUUACCUCCCUUCCACUUUCUUGAAAAAGUUCCGCAGCUCUUCCUCUUUGGGCAACAAAUCUGAAUAUUUGGAGAUGGAGGAGGGCUUGAAAGAAUCUCUGUGCUUGAAGCAGAAGUCUAAAGGCAACGGCACAGAGACUGUCAAACUUAAUUCCGUAAGUCUCAAAGCAGUGGAGACGGAUGUUUGA